AUGGAGUCUGCGGCUGUCCAAUAUAAGUUCCUUCUUUUUGCAAAGCCACUAGGAUUUGACAUGAACCAACUUGGAGAACUUGUGCAGAAGAUCAAGGAAUCUUUUUGUCUUACCCUUGUUCAUUUCUAUCCAUUAGCGGGUCGUCUUGCAACACUAAAAAAAGAAGAGAGUAUAGACUUGGCAAUUUACAUUGCCUGCAAUAAAGGUUUCAGGGCUCGAUUUAUCCACGCAUCGCUAGACCUGGCUAUAGAUGAUAUACUUUCACCAACAUAUGCUCCUGGGAAUGCAACGUCAACAAAAGCUGACUAUGGUGAAUUGCUGGAACAAAGCCUAGGAUGGGCAGUGUGGUUAUUGCAUCAUGCAGUGAUCAAUCAGACACGUGUAUCACAUGAACAGAUCGAAUCAUGGCUUCAAUCCGGAGAACUACUUCGGGCUAGUGAUCCGCCUGAUGCCUAUAGCAAACUCUUGGGAUGCUCUCUACGAUUCAACAUGUAUGUAACAGAAUUUGGACUUGGGAAACCUGUCGCAGUUCUAAACGGGAGCACAAAUAAAUUUGACGGGAAACUAAUAGUGAAUCCAGGAGCCGAAGAAGGGGGAAGCAUGGACUUUGGGAUUUGCCUUCUACUUCAUGUAAUGACUUCUCUUGUAUCUGACAAGGAGUUAAUGAGACAGUCGCUUAGCUUAUGA